AUGUCGGACUUCUUCCGUGCCUUCAACCGGAUCGUGAAAAUGAGACAGAGCGUGACAAUGGCUUACCGCCCACAAGGGAACAGCAAGGCCGAGCGAACGGUGCAAACUCUGACACGAGCCCUGAAGAUGGGAGAAACGUCGUUCUUCCUAGUCCAUGGAUGGGACCCGCGGUCGACACUUGAAGCAGUUGUUUCGGUUGGAUCGACACGCCGCCGCGAUUGCGAUGCACGGAGAUGGAGGUACCACAUACAGGGUCAAUACCGCAGGGCCAGGGAAGCAGGCAACGAGAGCCUACCUGAUGCGAUCAAGUCUAGGGCUGACCAGCACAACGAAAACGUUAGACCACACCGGAUAGAGGAAGGCACACAGGAAUGGCUUUACCUGGACCGCAUAAAGGAAAUCUACGCACGCAAGCUCGCACACAUGUGGCAUGGACCGUUCCGCGUCACCGAGCUGAUCGGCAAUCACGCAGCUCGUCUCGAGACUGCAGGCUCAGGGUAUCGAAUCUUCCCCAGAUCUGUCGAAGCUGAAGCCAGUGCGGACAUUCCCUGA